AUCUUUCUCUUUUCUUUUUAAUUUAAAUUUCUCAACUUCUUGGUUCAUAUGUUCUGUGUAGUAAUUUGUUUGUUACCUUUUAUUUUGUUUUCUUUGAGAUAUAUAUAUAUAUAUUUCGUGUGAGUUUCAAACAUGAACCAGAAAAAAGUGGAUAGAUAUAUUGUCUCUUGGGUUGAAGCCAAAGAAGGCAGUUAAUAUAUAUACACACACAAUCAAAGAAGUUAGGAGAUUAUAGAUAUACAGUAUAUAUAGCUAUAGUCUAUAGAGAGUUUCAUUUCUUGUUCUUGUUUUUUGUUUUGUUUGGUGAUGAUGAACAAAGACAUGUUACUUCAUCAGCAUCAUCAUCAACCACAACAACAAGUACAGCAUCAACAAGACGAGAAUAUGUCGAAUCUAACAUCAGCUUCUGGUGGUGAUCAAGCAAGUGUCUCUUCGGGAAACAUAACUGAAGCAAGUGGCUCUAACUACUUCCCUCAUCAUCAGCAACAACAACAGUUCUGUGUUCCAGAUUUAUCACAACCUCAAAAGAAGAGGAGAAACCAACCAGGGAAUCCAGACCCAGAAUCAGAAGUGAUAGCUUUAUCACCAAAAACACUACUGGCAACAAACAGGUUCGUGUGUGAGAUCUGCAACAAAGGUUUCCAAAGAGACCAGAAUUUACAGCUUCACAGAAGAGGUCACAACCUGCCAUGGAAGCUGAAACAAAGAUCCAACAAAGAAGUCAUAAGGAAGAAAGUCUACGUCUGUCCAGAAGCAACUUGUGUCCACCAUGACCCAUCUAGAGCUCUAGGUGACUUAACCGGAAUCAAGAAGCAUUUCUGCAGAAAACAUGGGGAGAAGAAGUGGAAAUGUGACAAAUGCUCUAAGAAGUAUGCUGUUCAAUCAGAUUGCAAGGCUCAUUCUAAGACUUGUGGCACCAAGGAAUACAGAUGUGACUGUGGCACUCUCUUUUCUAGGAGGGAUAGUUUCAUAACUCAUAGAGCAUUUUGUGAAGCAUUGGCUGAAGAGACUGCAAGAGAAGUCGUACUGCCUACACAAAACCAGAACAGUCAACCAAAUCCUCUUGUGAUUCGUCAAUCUUCUUCUCAUCCUCAUCAUCAUCAAACUCAACCAAACAUAAACGUCUCUUCUACUUCUUCACCCUCUCACAACAUCAUCAAUAGCCUUCACUUCGAGACCAACAAUGGUACUAGUAAUGGCAACAGUAGCAGCAACCAUCUCCAUACGUUUCCCAUGAAGAAAGAACAACAAAGCAAUGACCAUAUCAUCAAUUUCCAUCAUAAUAUCCCCCCCUGGCUUGCUCCUCAGCCCCUUUCUCACCAGCCACACGAUCUCACGUCUUCAAACCCUAACCCUAGUAACGGUGGAGGACGAGGUUUGUUCUCUCUUGCUUCUCCGGCUAUGUCAGCCACCGCAUUGCUCCAGAAAGCAGCCCAAAUGGGUUCUACAAAGACAACAACCACGGACUUGGAGAGGUCAACUCAUAAUAACAACCUCACGACGACAAUGGCAUCGAUGAUGACGUCGUCGUCUGGAUUCAUCAACUCCAACAACAACAAUCAAGGUUUGUUCCAAGACUACAACGCAUCCGGGUUUGAUCAUCACGGUGGAGAAGAAGCAUUUGACGAUACGUUUGGCGGGUUCUUGAGAACAAACGAAGCUACAACAACUGCUUCAGCCGCAAGAUCAGAGAAGAGUAAAAGCGGUGGAGGAGAAAGUUUGACGAGAGAUUUCUUGGGGCUAAGACCGUUAAUGUCUCAUAACGAGAUUCUAACUUUUGCUGGUCUUGGAAAUUGCAUCAAUAGCUCUGCUUCUGAUCAGCUUCAUCCAAAGCCUUGGCAGGGAGAAAGAUGGGCACGUACGUACGUAGGUAGGUCCGGAGGUAUUUUAAUCCCUAAUUAAUUAAGAAUGCUCAUGGUUGUAUUGUAUCUUUGUAGUAAUUAUUUCUCAUUUUAUUACAUGAACAAAAAUUAAAAUCUUAUCUUUUUAAAACUAUCAACCUAUAUAUUGUCAAGUGCUUGAUUUCAUAAUUUCAAUAUUUUGGUUCCUUUUUGUUUUGAUGAAAAUAUAAGAGUAAAUAUCUUGACUUCAAUUUUCCUCCAACUCCAAGUCAAACACUAUUUUUUCAAUAUAAAAAAGCCAAAAAAUUUAGACUUAACCGUCCUUUUUAAAUAUUUUUACUUACGAUCAUUACAAAUUCAUGAUUAGGUAAUCGAAAUCUAAGUAAAGAAAAAAUGAAAAUGAGAAGAGAAGAAAGAAUGAAUAUAAAAGAAACUGACUAUGAAAAGCAUAUAUAAAGGAAAGAGGAGGAUAUGCAUCGGAUUCGAUAAGGGUGACUCAUCUUUUGCUAAAAAACCUAUUU